UUAUUAUCAUAUUAUUGUUAUUCUUACUAUUUGGAUUUCUGGUUUCUCAGAACUGCGUUCUUGUUUUCUGAGCGUCGUUUAGUUUCUUGCUUCAUUCAUUCACUUCAUUCAUUCAUCCAAACGCAAGAAUAACAACACCCCCAACACUAUUCAAAAUGGGCUCUCUUGUCGAGCAACAUGCUGCUGCGGCGGCAUCAUCGAGCGGCGGCGUUCCUGGUCGGCUGUACGAGCUCUUCACUGGCAUUGAGGCGCAGUUUGAGGUUGUGCUGGACGAGAACCGCACGCUGCGAAUGCAGGUCCAGCGGCUCGAGCAGCAGCUCCUGGCUGAGCGUUCGCACCACCAGCAGCAACUCCAGCUCUUGCGCAGCAGCCAACCACAGCCGGCGGGGGUCGCAGGCAACGGCACGACGGCUGCUGGUGCUGGUGCUGGUGCUGGUGCUGGUGCUGGUGCUGGUGCAGGCCACCCGACCGCCGCCGCCGCCGCCGCCGCUGCUGCUGCUGCUUCUGCUUCACCCUCUGCCACUGCUGCCGCUGGACAAGGCAGUACGACAGCGUCAGCGCUGAUGGGGGCGUCGGCGGGAUCGGCUGGGAAGACCGCCGUAUUGCCGCUCACCGUCGGCGCGGUCGCAGCUACCGCUGGAGCAAGCCAGUCCGCAGUGAUGAUGACGGGCGGUGGAAGCACGACUGGGAGCACGAUCGGUGGCUCUGCAGGCGAGCACGAUGGCGCCGGUGGCAUGCCCGGGAUUCGCAAGGCGUUCUCAAAGUCGCUGCUCGUGUCGCGCAAGCUCGAGGAGGCAUACAAGCGGUCGACCAGCAAGAUGGCCAACUCGCUGAGACAGACGCAGAGCAAGUACGGAACGCCGCGAUGCGUGCUUGUGCGCGAGAUGUGCGGACAUCGCGAUGGACUGUGGGAGGUCAAUUCGUGCCCAAUCUUGCUGGACGACGGCUCGUUCUUGAUUGGCACGGCCUCGGCAGAUCGCACCGCAAGGCUUUGGCAUUCUGAUCGUGGAGUUUGCCUUGGGUUGUACACUGGCCAUGCUGGCUCUGUCAACUCCAUUCGAUUCCACCCAACCAAACCGCUCGCGGUGACGGGCUCCGGUGACAAGACAAUCCAGAUUUGGCGGCUGCCUCCGGCACUGUUUCAAUCCGCGUCGAUCGCCGCGCUUGCGCAGCAGGCAGUUGAAGAAGACGCCCAGCACUUUGGUGGCGUCAUCGAUCACGAAAAUGUGCUUUUGGAAGCGAUUGGUGCCGAAGAAAGGGCUGGGGAGAGCGUGGUGGCGCAAUGGACGCUCGCCUCGCAGCAACCGUCCAAGCCUCCUGCGCCCACCAAUUCCAAACAGCAGCAACCCUCUCAGGCAGUUCCUCCCGCGUCAGCAUCAUCUCGGACGGCGAAGCGCGAUUUCGUUACAGAAGAUAGCAUUGGGGAUGUUGACGACGAACUAAGUGGCGACGAAGGCAACGACUAUCUGGAUCACAAUGUCCGAUUCAAUCCUCGCCGACAGCAUCCCUCGCAGUCGUCGUUUUCAAAUGAUGAUUCCUCGCCUGCGCCAGGCAACGCCACCACCGCUCCGCUGCCAGCGGUCGAUGCCAACGCAGCAGCCGAGCCCUCCAUUCCCGACACCAGCGCUACUGGCGAUGCGUCACCAGCUCCACGCAUCACGCUGAGCCCGUCGCUCACACUCGCCAAUCACGACGGCGUCGUUUGUGCUGCGUCGUGGAUGAACGGAGCCAUGUCCGACUAUAUUUUGAGCGGCUCGUGGGACCGCACUGCACGACUAUGGGAUGCCAACACGGGCACGAUGACACAGCUGUUGCAAGGCCAUGAUGCCGAGCUGACAAACGUGUCUACCGAUCCGACCCGAGAACUCGCGCUGACUUCUUCGCUUGACACCACCUUCCGCCUCUGGGACUUCCGAACUCCAUCGCAGCGAUCCGUCCACGUCUUCCAAGGUCAUAAUGCACCGGUGACCACUGCCGUUUUUUCGCACCAGCCCGACAUGUUGGUGAGCGCCGGCGAAGAUAGGACGAUUCAAAUCUGGGAUAUGAAGAGCAUGCGAGCCCCAGUUACCAUGAUCCGCACCAGUGCUGGCUGCAAUCGAUUGUCGAUUUGCCCGAGUCGGUCUCUCAUUGCGGCUCCCUUUGACGAUCGACAUGUGCGCAUUUAUGACUUUAAAGGGAAUCAAGUGGCACGAAUGGGUCGUCACAACCAUCAGGGUCAUGAACGAAUGGUUGCGAGCACAGCAUGGCAGCCUGCCAACACGUCGCUGGUCGAAGCUGUUCCCUUCACGUGCGGCUUUGAUAGCAGAGCGAUUCGAUGGCAACUACCUCCAACACUUGCAAUUUAGAGCUGUCUUGCUCGUAGAGAUUUCUUCAUCGUGUCAAACAAUGUCAUUGUUUCAAUGAUUUUUUUUUUUUUUGGUAUCCACAAUUACACACGUUGGAACGAAGCCUUCAAGCACGUUGCAAUCG